UUUUUGGUCCUCGGAGGAGGUGGGUAGAAAACAAGGAGUUUCUCCACGCUGUUAUCGUUAGCAUGAACAGCAAAUAACACCGGUAUUUCUUGACCACCUGUCAGGUGUAAACAGAUCCCUCCUCAUCAUUCAUCAUCAUGUCCUCUGAAAGCCUGGAUGAUGAGGAUACCUUCAAGAUCUUGAUCGCUACUGAUAUUCACGUUGGCUACCUUGAGAAGGAUGCCAUCCGCGGCAAUGACUCUUUUAACACCUUUGAGGAAAUUUUGAAAUGUGCCCAGACAAAUCAGGUUGAUUUCAUCCUGCUGGGUGGUGAUUUGUUUCAUGAAAACAAGCCCACAAGACGAUGCCUCCACAGUUGCAUCACCCUGCUAAGACGAUAUUGUAUGGGGGACUCACCCAUACAUUUCAACAUUCUUAGUGACCAGACCGUAAACUUCAACACCACCCAGUUUCCCUGGGUAAAUUAUCAGGACGAAAACCUGAACAUCUCCAUUCCUGUGUUCAGCAUUCAUGGUAAUCAUGACGAUCCUACAGGAGCCGAAAGUUUGUGUGCAUUGGAUCUGCUCAGUGCGAGUGGUCUAGUCAAUCACUUUGGUCACUCCCACACAGUGGAUAGGAUAGAAAUCAGCCCCAUCCUUUUACAGAAAGGCACCUCCAAACUAGCCUUAUACGGUCUUGGUUCUAUCCCAGAUGAGCGUUUGUACAGGAUGUUUGUCAACAAUCAGGUGACAAUGCUUCGACCUAAAGAAGACCAAGAUGAAUGGUUUAACCUUUUUGCCAUCCACCAGAACAGGAGUAAACAUGGACCCACUAACUAUAUCCCUGAGCAGUUCCUGGAUGAGUUUCUUGAUUUGGUGGUGUGGGGUCACGAGCACGAAUGUUUAAUAACACCAACCAGAAAUGAACAGCAGCUCUUCUAUGUGACACAGCCUGGAAGUUCUGUAGCCACCUCUCUUUCUCCCGGAGAAGCAACCAAAAAGCACAUAGGACUACUGAGGGUUAAAGGCAAAAGGAUGAACCUGCAGAAGAUCCCACUGAAGACGGUACGUCAGUUUUUCAUCCAGGAUGUGGUGCUGGCUGACUAUCAGGACCUCUUCACCCCUGAGACACCGCAGGUCACUAAGAAAGUGGAGAACUUGUGCUUUGCAAAGGUCACAGAGAUGUUAGAGGAGGCUGAAAGAGAAAGACUCGGCUGUCCACUCACUCCAGAGAAACCACUAAUUCGCCUAAGGGUGGACUACAGUGGGGGCUUUGAGUCAUUUAACACUGCGCGAUUCAGUCAGAAGUUUGUUGACCGUGUAGCUAACCCUAAAGAUCUCAUUCACUUUCUCAGAAAGCGUGAGCAAAAGGAGGACAUCAAAGAUGAGGUCAAUGUUGACUACAGCAAAAUAUUAAAAAACAAAGCUACUGAGGGACUGAGAGUGGAAGACCUAGUUAAACAAUACUUUCAGGCAGCAGAGCAGACAGUGCAGCUGUCGCUUCUGUCUGAGCAUGGCAUGGGCAAGGCCAUUCAGGAGUUUGUAGACAAGGAUGAGAAAGAUGCCAUCGAGGAGCUGAUCACUUACCAGUUAGAGAAGACACAGCGCCACCUCAAGGCCAGAGCAGUGAUCACAGAGCAGGACAUAGACACAGAGAUUCAGCGAUUCAGAGACUCCAAGAAGAACACGACAGAGGAGGAAAAUGACAUCAAAGAAGCUAUCAACAGAGCCAAAGCUCACCGUUUGGAGCGUGGAGAUGAGUCUCUAGAUCAGAGCAUAUUAGAUGAUCUUGCUGAUGUUGAUAUGGACUCUGAUGGAGGCUCGGCUCCGCCCCCAACACGUGGAAGAGGACGGGGCAGCAGAGGGCGAGGGAGCCGGGGAAGGGGGAGAGGCGCAACAGCCUCUGAACCAAAACCCACUGGUCGAGGUCGCUCCCAGAAAUCAUCAGCUCCAACCCAAAGCAGAACCAUUAUGCAAGCUUUUCAAGCUCCAUCCCAGAGAUCAUCUCGGACUGGAGCCUCAGCUUCUUAUAAAGUAGAUGAAGUGAGCAUUGAGGACUCAGAUGAAGAUAUACCUGUAAUGAAGACAACCAAACCCACAGCAAGACCAUCAUCAUCGUUUUCAUCCUUCACUAAGACCAGCUCUCAGAGUCAGAGCCAGACUUCUAGAGGAGUUGCUUUUGAUGACAGUGAUGAUGAAGAGGAUAACCCAUUCAAAGGCCCCAGCCGUGGUUCACGGAGAUAACCAAUCUUCUACAUAUAAUGAGUGAUCUUCCAUAAAAUCUGCAAAUUCUAAUCAACAAGUGAGCAGCAGUUUAGAAACCACAAAUGUCUUUAUAGUUCAUGUUCUCCCAUCAGUCUUGUGCAGUAAAUAAUUAAAGUUGAUGAUCUAUCAUUGCCUUGUAUGAAGCUGUCCAGUCAGUAUGUUCUGGUGAAAGGGCUCAGUUACGUACAUGCUGUACUUUGAACUUUUACUCUGAACUCCAUGUCCAUGCUGAGGAUUUAAUAAAUGUUUUUCCU